GGAUUAAAGCCCAUUUAUGAGAUGGAGAUGUUACUCUAUUCUCGUUCACCAUUCUCCAAUCAAUGCAGGUGUCAAGUAUGACUAGUUUGGGGGUUUACAGUGAUGCUCUUGGUUUAACUGAAGAAAACUUUGCUACAAAAAUUGUAACCCUACAACCUGCAGACAUAAAACGUGGCUUAAUUAAUGAAAUACAUCUGUAUCGUCAGAAUAAAAAAAUUGCAUGGAAAACUGUUUUGAAUUACAUGUGCACAAUAUUCAAGUGUCCUGUUGAAGAUGUUUCAAUUGAUACACUGUGCACUAGUUUUCAUUUUAUUGCAAAGAACUUAAAAACCCUGAAAAAAUCUAAGGGAAGUGGUUCAGGUUUGGUUGAAGCUCAAGAAAAGCUGUAUAAGCUACCAAAGAUUAAGAGAAAAGAAACUAAAAUUCCUCAAGAUGAUUUUCCUCAGAAGGAAAUAAAAAGUUGCUCUGAACUUGCCUGCAGGACACUUGAGGAGAAAGUUGAAAAAUUAACAAUGGAGUUAAAAUUAGAAGAGCAAGUUAUUAGACAACAGAAAAAGCAGGAAGCCUGUUUGAAAAGGAAGAUUCGGUUUUUAUACAAUGAAAAUAAACGUCUGAGGAUGAAUGUUUGUAACUGCAUAGAACUGAAACGCUUGAGGCAAAAACUGAAAAUGAGUGCUGGCUCUGCUGAACUCUGGAGAAGAAAGCAUAAAAUUGAAAAACAAAAAUAUAAAAUUGAGAAAAGGCAAUUGACAAAACCAGACUGCAGGUUUGGACAGAGUCAAAAGAAAAAUGUGGCAUAAAGAUGCUUCAGAAGUAAUCCAACUCAUUUAAAUGAUUGCUUGAUAUCCAUUCAAAUGGAGCUAUUAUCUAUGAAAAUACAAUCAAAAUAGAUUGUGAACUAAAACAAGUGUUACAGCAGCUGGUUUUUUGAGAGGGGGGCUAAAGAUGGAGAGGUGCAAGUGAAGGAAAUGUUAAAUAUAAUAAGAUAGCAGGCAGGCUGUCUGCCUUGCUGACACAAUGUGUGUGUAUUUGGUAGCUAAGGUUUUGUUAGGGAGCGAAGUGUUUGUAGGUUUGUCUUGUGUAUUUCAAUAUACUGUACUGUGCUAUAUAUGGGUGUCUAGACGAGUACUGUAUACCAUUCACUCGUACACACUCAAAUGCUUUUGUACAGGUUUUGAUGUUUUGUCAGGGCCUUUGCAUGUUGUGCAAGGGUAUUCUAGUCUGUGUUUCAACUUCGAAUUAUGUAUUUUGGGGCUUGAUUGCCCUUGAGUACAUCCAAACUCUUGGUCCACCAUCUGUGGGGUGACUCAACAUGGAGUAUUCUUUCUAGCAUUGGGUCUUCUUGCAUUUUGAUAAUAUUCCAUGCCCUGGUGGCUUGCUGUUGCACUCUGAUGUUAAAAAUUCAUGGAGUUCCAGAAUUGUUUGGUCUUAUGGCCAUUGUAUCUGGUCAAAUUUCUUAACCCCUUAUUUUGUACCAUUUAACUUUUGCAUGUUAGUUUUCUUUAAGGUAUGCAGGGGAGUGUGCAAAGGUUAUGGAAUCUUGACAGUUUGUUCAAGAUUGUUUUUGCUUUGUUUAUUCUGUCAUUUAAAUGUACUGUAUCUUGAUUUCUGUUCUAUUAAUCUUUUGUCUUGGCAUUCUGCCUACAUUCAUAUGUUGGAUUGGGUGGUUGUCAAGGAUAAUAGGCUCUGGAUUUACUUUUAUAAUGUGUAUUAUUUGAAACCUUUUGUUUGUUGGCACUUGUUUUCAAUUAUUUUUCAAAGUUUAUGAAUUGUAGUGCCGCCCUGGUUUUGUCAGCCAGUAAUGUCAGAUUGUCCUGGGGCGGCAGAUUAUUUGACUUGUCUUUAGUAUACGCUAUGCAUUGUCCAUAUUUGGGAGGGGGCAGGUCAGCAAUAUAUACUGUGUGUUGAAAAGUGGGUGAUGGAACAACUUCCCUUGUGGUACUCUACAUUUCGGUUCGAUUUCAUUCCCCAAGUAGCUACCAGUACUGAGCUCGGCUGUUGUCUGAAUUGCAUAGUAUGGCAGCAAAUCUCUGUGGAAGCCCCAGUUCUGACAUCUUGUAUUUUACACCGGUGUACCAGACUUGAAAGCUUUUGAUGUAGUAUGAACACUAUACAGUAUUCAGUAUUACAUUGAUCUCUCUUUGCCACAGGAUUGGCUCUAUGCUUGUAGAUCAGGGCCGUAGCUGCAUGGGUCCUCUGUGGUGUUUUAAUCCAACAAGGUUAGCGAUCCAAUAUAAUCACCAAGAACACCAGUGGUAGUUUGGUUCCAUCUACCUCUGAUAUACUGUAUUUCCCCUCCAAAAUGCUCUAAUUUUCACUGCAUUUGGUAAAUUUUGUAUAUAGUAAAAGCAAAUUUUUUUGCUUAGCUUUAUAAAAUAUAUUUCAAGGAAUAUCAUUUCUUCUGAUAACUCAGCUUUUUCAGCUAAUGUUGCAAAUUUAAGAUAAAUACAAUUAAAAUGUAUGGUAAGUGCAUUUUCUUUGCAGAUAAAUUAUGACUCAUUAAUUAUGGUUUUACUUUUGAAAGAUAUUAAAUACUUUAUGUAAAUGCAGUUAUCGAAUUUCAGAAGUACAGUAAAAAAAAAAAAAUGUGAAUAAUUUUCUUGUACUAAUUAUUUUCCACCAAUUGGUUGCUCAAUUGUAAAUAUUGCACCAAUGAAGAAUUGCUUAUUGACUGGACAGUUUUCAACUGUAGUGUAUAAUUUAUGUGGUAAAUAAAAAAUGUUAUAGAACGAGUUCUUAAAGCUAUUACAACAUCACUUUGUUCUAUUGUUUACUUGAAGAAUUUACUUGGUCCCAUUCCCUUGUGUUAUGUUGGGUGGCCCAUAAGAAUUGUUUACAGGUUUUAUUUAAUCCCUGUGCUGUGCACCUGUUAAAUGCGGCAGCUCUGUGGUGCUCACAAAAAAAAAAUUAUGAAUUUUGUUUUUCUCUUGGGAUUGUUAAUUAACAUCCAGGAAGGAUGAAAAUCCAAAAGUGAGUGUGUGGGGUGGGUGUGGGUGUGUGUUGACCUCUUGUUGUUUACCUAAAGUUGUGUUUUUGUUUUGCGCUUUGCGUUUAAAAAUUGCAUUUUUUUCGGUGGAAAUGAGGCGAGGUGCUGCAUAGGAAUAAAAUUUGAUUUAUUUUGUUUCUCUAUUUUUUUGCGUUAGCAGGUUGUAUUGAUGUGCCAAAGAUGGUCGUUAUGCAUAACUUUGAAAAUCCUUUGUACUGUACAUAUGCAAAGCUUCCUUUUUUUUAUAUAUAAAUAUACAGUACACACAUUUAUUCCCUGCUAAUACUGUGUAUGUAUAUAUACAUGUGUAUAAUGUAUAAUAUAUAUUUAUAUACUGUAAUAUAUAAAUAUAUGUAUAUACAGUAAUAUAAUGUGUGUGUACUGUAUAGGCAUAAAUAUUAUAUUUGCAAAUACAGUAUUACACAUUUUGCCUUUGCUGUAAAUAUAUAUACAUGGUAAACAUUUAGACACUGGCUGGUGAUGUGCCAAACAUAGACCUCGCCUUUUUACUAAAGCCCUAGAGAGCCAGUAGGGGACUCGUGAUUUAUUUAAUUUUUUCCCCAAGAUAGGGGGAUGGUUACAUGGACGGUGAGGAAGCAAAUGUGAGCCCCGUGGUCGUUUUAAAUGUCACGAUAUACAGUACUCAAGAGUGCUAUCGUGCACACCACCACCAUCACCAGUAGUGCUGUAAUUCACUGUGUGCAGUUCAAGGGCUAACGUUAUACUUUAUGUUGUGCGUUAAUCAUAUGUAGCCAUUCUAGAUUUGAACUUUAAAAAGGACACAUGAGUAGUUUCCUCUUUAAUGUUCACAACCCCUCCUCUUUAUUCCACUAGUUGCACAUGAACAACAUUCCCAGUCCUACAACUUCUGGUGGGGGCUUAAUUUCUUUCAAAAAAAUCCUACUUGUGUAUCCGUGUACUGUAUGUGAACUUGGAUAACUGAAGGUAAUUGAUUGUAUAAUGUUUGACACGUGAAAUUACUAAUAGUAGUAUUUUGAUAAUGAUCUUUCAACAGUUUUAUAAAGAGUUCAUGUAUUUAUGAUUUUGUAUAGCCUAAAUACAAAACUAGAUGAACCAUUUACCUUUUGAGGUCAGUGCAUUUAAGUCUGUGCACUAAUUAAGUAGCUUCAAUUUUGUUACAGCAUCCCAGUUUUGAUGCUGCUGCUGUUGUUGUUUGCAUCAAAUCUGAGGGGCAUUUUUAGUGUGAGGAUGGUAUGCACAACCACCAUUUUAUGUAUUUGUGGUCAUUGCAGAUAUUUAAUGAUAGGUAAUCUGUAAGAAAUUUUGAGUUCAUACAGCUUGAGUUCCUUUAUUUACAAAUAAAUAUGGUAGAUA